AUGGCAUCAAAACUGGCACAUUCUUCAGGGGCCGCUAAACAAACAGCUAAACUGGCACGCACAGAAAAUGGAGCUUAUAAAAGAGCCACGAAGAAGUACAAGGUGUUGGUGUCUACUAAUGGUGAGAAACUGAGGAAUUUUUCCUUGACACUGGUGGACUCAAACAAUCAGAGCAGUAAAACAACCUCGGUGAAAAAACCCUUUAUGGGUUUUGAAAAGGAGAUCACCAUUACCAUCGAUUCAGAGAAGGACUUUGGAGACGUUGUGGAGGUGAAAAUUAAAAAGUACAAUGCUCCAUGGUUUUGUAGAUAUGUCAAAGUGAAAUCUCCAUCUGGAAAGUCCUUUGAGUUCCCCUGUUAUCGCUGGUUAGAAAAGAAGGAAGUGGUGAUCAGAGAGGGCAGUGCGCGAUUGCCUCAGGAUGACACUGACAUUUUAAAAAAGCAAAGACAAGAAGAAAUCCAAUUAAGGAAGAAAGAAUUCAGAUGGACACCGAGCCGCAAAGGCUUCCCUCAGAACCUAGAUGCCAAACUCAAGGAUCUGCCUAUAGACGUUCAGUUUGAUGAAGAUAAAAAAUCUGACUUUUACUUGAAUGUCGGAGAAGUGCUGGUGAAAGGACUCAUUGACAAGCUUAAAAGUUAUUUUCAGUCCUGGGAUAAAAUAGCAAAUUUUGAAGAGAUAUUGGCAAGUUGGGGCAUUGAGAAGACUCUUCUAGUGAAUGUGAUUGAAGACUGGAAUACGGAUUACAUGUUUGGCUAUCAGUUUUUGAAUGGCUGCAAUCCUGUCAUGAUCAGGAAGUGCGUGACUCUUCAAGAGACAUUUCCAGUCACACAUAAGAUGGUGGAGGGCUCUCUGCAGAGAGGUCUCACCUUACAACAGGAAUUAGAGAAAGGAAACAUCUACAUAGCAGAUUAUGAAAUCUUGGAUGGAUUGGAUGAAAAUAAGUUACACCAAAAUACCCAGUUCUAUCUGACUGCACCCAUCUGCCUACUGUACAACAACAGACUGGACCAAAUUGUGCCAAUUGCCAUUCAGCUCAGUCAAAAACCAGGGGAAAGGAGCCCGAUCUUUCUCCCAAAUGAUAAUGAAUGCGAUUGGAUGCUUGCCAAGAUGUGGGUAAAGUCUUCCGACUUUAUUGUACACCAGCUGGUCACACACCUUCUCAAGACACAUCUGAUAUCAGAGGUUUUUGAAGUAGCCUUGUACAGACAGCUUUCUACCGUCCAUCCGGUAUACAAGUUACUGAUACCUCAUGUCCGUUUCACAAUUGCAAUCAAUGCAGCUGCCCGAGAAAAGCUCAUCAGUGAAGACGGGGUCUUCAGCAAGAUUAGUAGCAUAAGUGCUUCUGGGAUGGAUGAAUUGAUGAAAAGGGCCAUGGAGACUUUUACCUACAAGUCCAUGUGUUUCCCUGAGGCCAUAAAUGUUCGGGGAAUGGAAAACACUCCCAAUUACUAUUAUAGAGAUGAUGGGAUGAAGAUCUGGGAGGCCAUAUACAGUUUUGUUGACCAGGUGAUCAAGAUCUACUAUGAAGACGAUAAGAAGGUUAAAGCCGAUGUGGAGAUUCAACAUUUUGUUAAGAACGUUAACUUUGGGAUGGAGGACUUCAUCAGUGACAGGAAGGACCCUGAGGGUAAAAAGUUUCCACAGUCUCUGAAAACUCGUGAGGAGCUAGUCGAGUACCUCACUGCAGUAAUAUUCACAGCUUCAGCACAGCAUGCCGCAGUCAACUUUGGACAGUUUGAGUGGUAUGGCUGGAUUCCCAACAGUCCUUCCACCAUGCGCCAGCCGCCUCCCCGAGAGAAGGACUCAGUGGAUCUGAAACAUAUCAUGAAUACUUUGCCUGACCGUGGUUGUAGCUUUGAGGUUCUAGGGACAGUUUGGGCCCUCAGUCGGUUCCAGGAAAAUGAGCGGUAUUUAGGCAUGUAUCCAGAUAUGUACUUCACCGAGCAACCAGUGAAGGAAGCCAUUAUGACCUUCCGCAACACACUUAAGGAGCUGACCGACGCCAUCAAGCGUAGGAACGAAGGAUUAACAAUGAGUUAUUGUUAUUUGUCCCCAGACCAAAUCCCCAACAGUGUUGCAAUUUAAGAAAAUGUUUUCAGAGGUAACAGUAGCAUUUUAAGGCCUAAAUGUUUGAUUUAGAGAAGAACAGCUCUACUUACAAAAUGUAAUUGUUUGGCAAAUCAUAGAGCAUUGUGCCAUUUUUGGGAGAUUUUUUUGAAAUUCUGUUUCAUUCAUACUUAUUGAAUGCGUAAAGUUAGGGAACUAUCUUAGGGGUGAUUGUUGGUUGCCCAUUGCCAAGAAAUCGGAACAUUUUAUUUGGCAUCGCUUUUAAAGAUCACACAAGCUUAUGUUAUAAUCCAUUUAUUGUCUUUUUAUUCUUUUCUGUAUUCAUAUACACUUGUAUAAUCAAACCACUAUAAUCCAUACAAUGGUAUUAAUCAACACGUGUUUUGAUUCAUUUAUAUAGUCUUCAUUACUCAUGGUAUAUGGUUUAUAUGUUUUAGAUGAUUGUUUUACUUUUAUGGAAUAUUUGACCUUACAUUUAUACUGGCAUCUGUAUUGAUUUAGAUCAAUUUAUGUACACGUGUAUUCAGUGAUUGUUAGACUUAAAGUAGAUUGUGGAGGGAACAAUUAUUUUAGCUUACAGUAUAUUCAGUAUGAGGGAGUGUUUUAUUGUGUUACCUUCAAGGUUAGCUUAUAAAGAUUUGGUACUAUUGGUGUGUUGUAUUUGUUCAUGAAUGGUUCUAAGGAAUUGUUUUUAUAUUGUGUAUAAACAAUUCUGACUGCACUUCAAAUGGUUGUUUCAUUGGUUGUUUUAUCCCCUGGUUGCUCUCAUAAUAAGAAAAAUUAACAAAUAAAGAGAUGUAUCACAA